AUGAGGCUGCGCAUGGAGCCGGCGGCGGCCGUGCCGGGCAACCUCUCCCGCGGCGGCGGCGGCGGCAACGAGAGCGGCGGCGCGGCGGCGGGAGCGGCGGCGGGGUGGUCUGCGGCGGCGCUGGCCUCGCAGGCGCUGGCGCUGCUGCUCAUCUUCGCCCUCUCGGCGCUGGGCAACGGGGCGGUGGUGCUGGUGAUCGCCCGGCACCGGCAGCUCCGCACGGUCACCAACGCCUUCGUGCUGUCGCUGUCGCUGUCGGAGCUGCUGGGCGCCCUGCUCUGCCUGCCCCUGGCCUUCCUCAGCCUGCUCAGCCGCCCGCCCGGCGCCUGGCUCUUCGGGCAGCGCCUCUGCCUGGCCAGCGCCGCCCUCCAUGCCGGGCUGGGCAUCGCCGCCACCCUCACCAUGGCCCUCCUCUCCUUCGACCGCUACUGCGCCAUCGUCCGCCAGCCCCGACACAAGAUGGGCCGCCGUCGCGCCGCCCAGCUCCUGGCCGCCGUCUGGCUGGCCGCCCUGGCCCUGGCCGGACCCUGGUACGGGCUGGCGGGCGAGGGGCGGCAGGAGGCCCGGCCUGGGGCCUACCGCUGCAUCUACGUGCUGCCCUGGGGCUCCUCCCGGCUGGGGCCGCCCUACGGCGCGGCCCUCAUCGUGCUCUGCUACCUCCUGCCCUUCGCCCUCAUGUGCUUCUGCCACUACAACAUCUGCCGGGCCGUGCGGCUGGCCGAGAGCCGCGUGCGGCCCCUCACCACCUACGGGCACCUGCUGCGGGCCUACGGGGAGAUGCGCACGGCCACCACCGUCCUCAUCAUGAUCGUCUCCAUCAUCUGCUGCUGGGGGCCCUACUGCAUCCUGGGGCUGGCCGCCGCCGCCGGCCACCUGCCCUUCUCGCCCACCAUGGACGCCGUAGCCAGCGGGAUGGCCUGGGCCAACGGCGCCAUCAACCCACUCAUCUACGCCGCCCGCAACCCCAACAUCUCCGUGCUGCUGCGGCGCAGUCGUGAGGGUGGCUACAGGACUAGGAACAAUGUGGCGGCCUACCUCUCGGUCCCGGGCCGCCAGCCGGAGCCCUGGAACCGGGCUGACCGCGUCCGGGAGCGCUACGUCAACCGGCACAGCGGCCCCCCGGGCAGCGCCCCGACCUCCUCCAGCCCGGCGAGCGGGGCAGAGGUGGCCAUGUGGGCCUGCAAGAACCCCGCUGUACUCUUCUGUCGGGAUGGGCAACCAGACACCAUCUCUGAGGCUGCCUUGCCGGCCAAAGCAGACACCGUCGACACCAGCCUCUGAAGGGAUGGGGGUCUGGGGUGGAGUCACUGGGCUCCGGGGCUGUCUCCCUGAGGAAACGCAGGCAGCCCCGGCACUUGGAGCCCUUUGCAGCCAGAUUACCGGGAAAUGGGAGGGACGGGACUGCAUGAGCCACAGUGUGGUUUCUUCUCCAUUCUGUGAACUGGUUUGGAUACCCAGUCUGCGAGCAGCAAGAGCUCCACAGGGAAAUCAAGUCCCUCUUCACUUUCAGCAGGCCUGACACACUGGUGAUAGCCGCCAAGCCCAGCCAGCACAAGAGCUUGACUGCAAGAAUGAAACGGUGUUUUCUCCAGUCCUGUAGGAAGUGCCACAGUGAAGCUGAGAC